CAUACUUCAGUCUGCCGGAUAUUUCAAAGACUGAAGAUGACGCACCAAACAAAGAUGUAAUAAGUACGUCAAGCUGGACAGAACUUCAAUAUAUUUAUUCCUGUAAGUGUGUUAUUCCGGGUUUAAUGUUGUAAACUUGGUGUAGAAUUGAGACAAUACUUGCCAAUGAAUGCAAAACAAACGCGAAUCGAAGUGAGCACUCUGACAGAGCACGAGCUCCAGCAGCUAUACAAGGCCCUGUUGAUUGCUUCAUGCCGGUUGGAUCCCAGAGACCCUGUACAGUUCCUGAAGAACACCUUGACCACCUUCCAGGGCCAUGACAACCUGCAGAAUGUGGACUGGGACAAGUUCCUCAGCAAUGAAGACCAGCAGUCCAUGUUGGCCCUCCUGCAGUUGGAUGAAGAAGAUUACAUGGACUCCAACGAGCUCCUGGCUUUGUUCUACAAGUACGAGAAGGCCUACUCCUGUUACAGGGACAACUUAACCAUGACCGCUUUCAGGUUAUGGAAGAACUUCACCACCGUCAGCAUGACGGACGCGUCAGAGUUGGCUCAGAAGAUGGAGAUCGCAGUGGCGCACUUCGACAGGAAGAAGCAGGAGGUGGCGUUCGCCGCGUGGAGGAAGUGGGUGACCUUCAAGGAGGAGUCACGCAUCACUGCUGUCCAGAAGUUGGCGUGCGUCUUUAAAGCGUGCGUCCUUAAACGCAUCAUGGCCGCGUGGAGAAACAUUGUCAGGGACUCCAGGAAGACCAAAGACUACUUCAAGAAGCUGCAGACAGAUUUAGAGCUGGAACGCCGGCAAAGCCAAGUUGGCGAAGGAUGCGACUGGCUUUCUGCACUGCCCCUGAACAUAUCACUUAAGAUCUUCCAGUAUCUGGAACUACGAGACCUGCUGAGCUGUUCCGAAGUCUGUUGCAGUUGGAAAAGUCUCAUCCACUCCAGCACGCUUUGGAGUAAGGUCAACGUGUCCAUGUUCAAGGACUGGAUCACAGACAGCACCAUGAACGAGGUCAUGCAGAACUUCCGUCCCUUCGUCAUCCACCUCAACCUGCGUGGCUGCGCCUCGUUGGAGUGGUCCAGUCUGAAGUACAUCGGCGAAUGCAAAAAUCUCCAAGAACUCAACGUGUCGGAGUGCUUUAAUAUCACUGACGCCAUGAUCCAGACCAUCGUGGAGGGCUGCAACUGCCUGCUCUACAUGAACAUCUCCAGCACUCUUCUGACGGACCUCAGUCUCAAGGAACUGUCCAGAAACUGCGUCAACCUCCAGUACCUGAGCGUGGCUUACUGCUACAAGCUGACGGACAAAGGCUUCCAGUACCUGAGCGUGGGAAGAGGCUGUCACAAUCUGAUCCACCUGGACCUGUCCGGCUGCACCCAGGUGAGCGUGACUGGCUUCAGCUACAUCUCCCAGGCGUGCCCCUUCCUCAAAGAGAUCGUGAUCAACGACUUGGACCAGCUGUCCGAUAACUGCGUCUCCGCCUUGAUGUCCAAAUGUCACCAUCUGACCUCCAUCUCGCUGGUGGAGGCCAGGAACCUGACAGACGUCGGCAUGAAAGCCAUCGCCGACGUGGCCAAACUGAAGACGUUCAUCAUUGAGGGGAACAAGCAUGUGAGCCACGUGAGUUGGAAGUCGCUGUGCUGCAGCUCACGAAACCUGCGCACCCUUCACGUGGUCGACUGCCUGAGGAUGAAUGACGUGGGCCUCAAGUGUUUGCUCUCCCUGCGAAACCUGCAGACCUUGGACAUCUCGCUCUGCACCAAAGUGACGGACCGAGGGAUCCAACACCUGGCCGAGAGCGCCUCGGCGUGCAAGCUGCAGAAGCUGAGCGUGAGCCAAUGCUGUCUGAUCACCGACUCAGCCGUCAACGUGAUCGGCAACAAAUUUGUAAAGCUGUGCCAUCUGGAUCUGAGCUACUGUGAGCUGCUGACUGACGCCGCCCUGGAGUCUCUGAGCUGCAGCGCCAUCAGCUCCCUGGACAUCAGCGGCUGCAACAUUCAAGACGAGGGUCUGGCUGCUCUGGAGGAGGUUCCCUUGAAAAAGUUGAUUGUGGCCGAUUGCAUCGAGAUCACAGAUAGUGGCAUCGAGAACCUGUGCAAGUACGUGGCCGACCUGGAGUACGUGGACGUGUCCGGCUGUUUGGCGCUGUCUGACCAGGCCAUCCGAGCCUUCGCCUUUUACUGCAGAGGUCUGUUCACGCUGAAGAUGGGAGGCUGUCCAAAGAUGACCGACAUGGCAGUUCAGUGCCUCUCGAGCGGCGGCCAGUACCUGCGGGAGUUGGACGUGAGCGGCUCCCUCUUCACCGACCGCGCCAUCAGAUACAUCGAGAGGCUCUGCCCUCCGCUGUCCUCCGUCAUCAUGAACGACUGCAACGGCAUCUCAGAGGCGGGGGCCAUGAGGUUGCAGCCGCACGUGCAGCACUGGGAGUACAGCAACGACCAGACCAACCUAUGGCUUCGGUGAAGCGGUGCAGGAGAGCCGGGAUUUAAACUCCCUUCAGCCAAUCAGAGCACUGCUCAACAGUUACAAAUGACUCAGAAAUAAAAUUAACCCUAUUUUCCGGA